AUGAAGCAUCUUCUAAGAGCUUUUCUAGUGACUCAAUUGAUCGUCUUUAGCUUAUUUUCUACAGGUUUCGCCUCAUUUUUAGAUAAAGGAUGUGGCAUAUCACAAGCAAUGUUUCCCCGUAUAUCAGGAGGUCAUGAUGAAGAGCUAAUGGCUAAGCCAUGGAUGGUAUAUUUGCAUAUUUCAAAUAAAUUCAUUUGCGGUGGCUCGCUUAUUCAUUCUACUGGACAUUGCUUUGGGGAUAGGUAUAAUAACCAAAGGAUAAUCGCUAGACUGGGCGAACACAAUUCGCAGACUCGCCGAGAUUGUGAUGAGGAUGAAUGUGCGCCGCCGCAUAGAGAGUAUUUGAUCAUAAACAAAAUAAGGCAUCCCAGCUUUCAGAAUUCUAGGCUGGGCGAAACCCCAGAUGAAAGCGAAAGUAGUGUUCUCCAGACUGCCUAUAUGAAGAAUGUCGAUCGAUUUAGAUGUCGUUACUUUUAUGGAUACAAUGUCGAUCACACCCACAUCUGUGCAGGCAGUUACAACAGUUAUGUGGGAAAAGGUGACUCUGGAAGUCCGUUGGGAGCAGUGAUAGAACAUAUGAAUUCCUUGAGAUUUGUACAAUUCGGAAUUGUCAGCCAUCAUCGAAAGCCCUACUAUGGAGUAGCCGUAUUUACUAAUGUAUUGGCCUAUACGAAUUGGAUUCAUCGAGUCAUAAAUGCAUUCAAAUAA